ACGAGUUGCCGACAUGGAGCUUAGCCGAAUUUCCUAUUGGUUUUUCUUUGAAAACAAUUCAUUUAAACUCUUACCAACGUCGCCUAAAUAAAUGCGCUGUGUGUGUUGACGAUUACCAAACAAAAUGGCACGGAGAUACCGCGAUGCCGCAGCGAAAUUGCAGCAAAAUGUCCAACGGCAUCUGAAGGACAUGAAAGACCUUUCAUCUUCCGACGAUGAAGAUCCCUAUGAGACCAGCGUCCUCGACGGAGUCUUUCAAAGCUAUUGGAGCGGUGGCGGCGACUCUCACCUGCUUAACAGAACCAAGAACCUUCUAGAAGAAGCCAUAAGCGGUCGGCCCGUCACCUGCCUGAUUUGCAUCGGAUCUAUUAAAAGAGCGGACGCCAUCUGGACCUGCGGCCACUGCCACUCUUACUUCCACCUAUCCUGCAUCCAAAAAUGGGCCAACGACUGUGUUAGUUUAAAACCCGAAGAAAUCCAAAGUCCAAUUACGGUGUUCAUCCCUAAAAAAAUAGAAUGGUGCUGCCCUAAAUGUAGACAUUCGUAUUCUAAAGAACAAAUACCUCAUAAGUACCGCUGCUUUUGCGGCAAAACCAAUGAUCCACCUGUCCAUCCUUGGUUGAUACCUCAUUCUUGUGGGGAAGUAUGUGAGAAAAGACUGUCUUAUUCUGGUAAUUGUCAGCAUAAGUGUUUGCUGCUCUGUCACCCUGGCCCAUGCCCACCGUGCCCUCAGACUAUAGAUGGAGCAUGUUUCUGUGAAAAAGAUCGUAGAAGAGUAAGGUGCAGUGCACCGAGGUGGUCUUGUGGCAAACAGUGUAAAAAAUUACUCCUUUGUAAGUCCCAUAGAUGCGAAAAUGUUUGUCAUGAAGGAGAUUGUCCUCCAUGCAGCUACACAAGCAUACAGUCCUGUCAAUGUGGUUUAGAGAAAGCAAAACGUCCCUGCAAUGAUCCAGUAUGGCAAUGUCAGAAACCAUGUCAUAAACCUUUUUCAUGUGGUUAUCACAAAUGUGAGAAAAUUUGUCAUACAGGGAAUUGUGGCACAUGUCCCAAUUCUGGCAUGCGCUCCUGUCCUUGCGGUGCUAAUCAACACCUUGUUGAAUGUCCAGAUACAAUUGAAACCUGUCUUGGAACCUGUGGUAAGAAACAGGAAGGUUGUGAACAUAAUUGUCCAGAAAAGUGCCACAAAGGACCGUGCCCACCUUGCCAGGUUUUAAUACAAAAGAAAUGUCAAUGUUCGGCACAUACAAGAUCUCUGCCUUGCAGUAAGGAUUUUAAAUGCGACACAAAAUGCAGAGGUAUGAGACCUUGUAGAAAGCAUCCAUGUGCCCGGAAAUGCUGUAAUGGUAACUGUCCUCCAUGUGAAAAGAUAUGUGACAAACUCCUGCAAUGUGGCAGACACAAAUGUACCACAGUCUGCCAUCACGGUCCAUGCUAUCCCUGCCCUAGAGAGUCUAAAGUGACUUGUCGAUGUAAAGAAACUUAUAUUACUGUGCCUUGCGGUAGAGAAAAGCAAACAAAACCACCGAAAUGCAAUCUGCCUUGUAAAAUUAAAUAUAAAUGUGGUCAUGUUGAAGAAAACAAACAUUCAUGUCAUUUUGGUGACUGCCCACCGUGCAAAGCUAUUUGUGAUAAGCAAUAUCCUAAAUGCGAACAUAAAUGCAAAGCAACAUGUCAUGAAUUUGUGGCUGUAGUGUUCAAACAGAUUGAAAAACCAGCUACUCCAUGGGAAGUUCAGCCUCCUAAGACGAAAAUAAUGACUUUGGAAUGUCCUCCUUGCGAGACACCUGUCCCUGUUAUUUGUUUUGGAGAACAUGAGACUGAAAACCAGCCAUGUCAUUCAGCUAAACGCAGAUCAUGUGGUCGAGAGUGUGGACGGCCAUUAUCAUGUGGCAAUCAUACUUGUUCUCUUAUCUGUCACAUGUAUGCUUUGGAUCCUAAUUAUCCAAAUGUGCCUUAUAUUUGUAGGCAAUGUAAUAAAGAUUGUCUUGCUCCCCGUCCAGAGAAAUGUACUCACAAGUGUUCGAAACGAGUUUGUCACCCUGGGCCUUGUCCUCCUUGUGAAAUAUUUGAACGAGUUCCUUGCCAUUGUGGAGUGACUGAGCUAUAUUUGCGAUGCAACGAGCUAUGUACGGCCUCUGAUGAAAUGUUGUCAUGCAAGCAACAAUGUCCUCGAAGCCUGGAUUGUGGCCACAGGUGCAAAACCACUUGCCAUCCUGGUAAUUGCGCUAGUGAUCAAGUGUGUAUGAAGAAAACUAAAAUCCACUGUUCUUGUGGUAAUUUAAAGAAAGAAGCACCUUGUAAUUUGGUUAGGAAAGGUGAAGCUAAAGUUGCUUGCGAUGAUUCUUGUGAAGCUAAGAAAAUUGUGACAAAGCUAGAGAAAGAAAAGGAACAAGAAAGAUUGAAAUUGCUUGAAGAAGAGAAAAAUAGAAAGGAGUUAGAAGAGUAUGAAUGGAAACUAAGUGGUAAGAAGAAAAAAUAUAAAGAGAAAAGAGUCAUCAUCAACAAGGAUGAUCGGAAUGUAUUGCAAAAAUAUUGGAUUCUAUUUUUGUCUUUUUCUGUUGUUUGUUGGUUAAUUGGUCUACUUGCGCUGACGGGUCUGUUGUGGGGUUGCACCAACCCGUUCAUCCGGAAGGGCACACAGGGUCUUUCCAAUGUGCACGCCACCACGCGGUUUGGACAAUUGCACGCAGAGCUGUCAUUCCUGCUUACAAACUGGAAGUAUGUGAUCCCGUUCAUGUUGAACCAGGCGGGAUCCGUCACGUACAUAGUGGCGAUGCAACGCGCUCCCCUGACGCUGGCGGUGCCGGCCGCCAACAGCCUGGCCUUCGCGGCCACCGCGCUUACCGGCGCCGCCAUCGGCGAUGAGGAACCCCUUGAUACAAAGUCUAUUAUAGGCGUCAUAGCGAUUGUGGCAGGCACCGCUCUCUGUUGCUGGGAUAAGGUGGAAUGAAGACGCAUUAUAUAAUUUAUUGUUAGUAUUUAUAUUAAACAAAACCAUAGGUAAGGGGUCGUGGAAUUGUAAUCGGACUUGCAUAAAGCGCAGGACACACCGCGAACUA